CUUUAUAACCAUAAAUAAACACUAAACUACUGAUUAGACCGAUCACACCUGACCAAUUAGAGAUCACCUCUGUCCACUAAGCCACGCCCACUUGUGUUUCCUAUUACUCAUGUCCUAUGUGAAAUGUUGCUAUAAUAAUCGAUCACAGAGCGUUGCGCCUGCGCGCCUUCUGAUUGGAGGACGCAGAGGAGAAGGCGUGCCCUCCGCGCAAUCCAAACAUGCGAUUGGUUCGCUUUUAGUCCCGCCUCCAUCAGCAGCGGCGAUGGACGCGCUGGUGAGACGCUACACUGCGUCGCGUUCGUAACCGUCAACGUACGGGAUCCUCCGCGCGUUUGAUUAAAACAAACGCAGUUCGUCGCUUGUUUCCAUCAUAGGAUCUCGAGCCAGCAGGAUGGCAGGCGGCGGCGGGGGCUGCGUGACGCUCCGCGGCGCUCAGAUCCGGGACCUGCUGGACGCCAAACACAACGUGCUGUUCGACUGCGACGGCGUCAUCUGGAACGGGGAGACGGCCGUCACCGGGGCUCCGGAGGUGGUCAGCCUGCUCAAGCAGCGCGGCAAACGCGUCUUCUUCGUCACCAACAAUUGCACCAGGCCGCGGGAGAACUACGUGCAGAAGUUCGGCCGCCUCGGCUUCGCGGACGUCGCGGAGGAGGAGAUCUUCAGCUCGGCGUACUGCUCCGCCGCGUACCUGCGCGACGUGGCCCGGCUGCGCGGGAAGGUGUACGUGAUCGGCUGCGGCGGGGUGAUGAAGGAGCUGCGGGACGCCGGGGUGCCGGUGGCGGAGGAGGAGGACGCGGAGCCCGGCGCGAGCAUCUACACCUGCCCGCUGGACCCGGAUGUGAAGGCGGUGCUGGUGGGGUACGACGAGAACUUCACCUUCAUGAAGCUCGCCAAAGCCUGCUGCUACCUGAGGAACUCUGAGUGCCUGUUCCUGGCCACCGACCCGGACCCCUGGCACCCGCUGAGAGGAGGAAGGGUCACCCCGGGGUCCGGGAGCCUGACGGCGGCUCUGGAGACGGCCAGCAGCAGGAAGGCCACGGUCAUCGGGAAGCCCAGCCGCUUCAUGUUCGACUGCAUCGCCAGCCAGUUCGGCGUGGACCCGGCGCGCUCGCUGAUGAUCGGGGACCGGCUGGAGACGGACGUUCUGUUCGGCAGUAACUGCGGCCUGACCACGGUGCUGACGCUGACGGGAGUCUCCACGCUGCAGGAGGCGCUGGCGUACAGAGACAGCCAGGAGCCGCAGCAGAAGCACUGCUCGCCCGAUUACGUGCUGGAGUCCGUGGCCGAUCUCCUGCAGGCGCUGGACGACUGAACAAACCAGCACACACUCACACAGGGACGGAUGCUGUCGAGCUCCAGAAAGACAAGCCGUCUUUGAGAAGCAGUCGUGCAUGAGAUGAGCUCUGUAUGACUGCGGGAGGCGUUUUGUCUCGUUUGGAUCUUAAUGACGCUCAUCCUGAUCUCCUUGUGUGAAUAUUCUGCUCUUGUGCUGCGUAGAAAAAAGAAAGGCGUCCGGUUUUAGAGGGAGAGAAAUUUUAACGUUCGAAUAUUUAAGGCGAUUUUCUUUUUCUUUUCUUUUUUACUGUUCCCCUAAUUUUUUCCAUUUAAAUUAAUUUUGAAUAACAUUUUAGGCGCAAAUAAGUCAAUAAUUGUCCGGGUGUGUUUUUGUCAAUGUAAAAAAUAAAUACAUUUUUUGAAAGGUAAUAAAUUAACAGGAUUUUAUUGUAUAUAAUUAUAUAUUAAUUGGUCUGUGUGUUUUAUUAUUAAAAUGUAAUAAAAAUACAGUCCUCAAAU